AAUAAACACACACACAGAUGAAUGAAUCAAAUACUUACUCUUUACCAUUUACCCCGUUAAUAUUUGCCUUUUUUGACAUCUCUCUACAAUCAUCAUGCCUCCUUUCCGUUUUUACAUUCCAUUCUUCUCCUCCAACUCUCCUUCUCGUCUCUCUUCAGGGACUUCUUCCCCAUCACCACCACCUACUCCUCCUCCUCCUUCUUCACGCCCUCCUUUUCGUCCUGCAGGCAUUGCUCCGCCGUCAAAGCCAGAAACAAAGCCCAAGGCGUCUCCGUCACUUUCUAGGGUUAGAAGCAACGUUGCGGGCAUAACAGCUUCUUUACCUACGUCUCAGUCUCCUUCUCGUGGUGCAGCCACACCAACCCGGCUGGCUAAACAGACUAACCAACAACCUGGUUCGCCGUCAAAGAAACUGGAAUCUCCGAGGAAGGAUGAGCAAAAGGUAACGAUGAAAGAGAAGCCAUCGAGAGAGACUGCAAAAGUAGCUAGCGAGAGUAUAAAUCCGGUGACAGUGAAACCUCCUAUUGCUCGUCCAGAAGAGCAUAUAGAACGAAAAGAAACAGAUUCAUCUCAGGAACAGAGAAAGAAGACAGAAGCAGGGAAACAAGCGAUGCAAGAAAAGAAGAAAGAUCUUCCUGAAGGCAGUGGAGAGAAGUCACCAGCAGAUCAGGGACAACAGCAGAGAAAAAAAUUCAAGAAACUUCCGUUACAAGAAACGAAGAAAGUUCUUCAUGACGGCAGUGGAGAGAAGUCAGAAGCAGAUAAAGGACAACAAAAGAGAAAAGAAAACGAGAAACUUGCGUUAGAAGAAACGAAGAGAGCUUUACAAGCUGCAGGUAGAGAAGAUGUAACGCAAAGCAAAACCACACAACAUAUUGCAGCAGCAUCAGAAUCCACGAGAGGACCUAGCGAUCUACCUGAGAGAGAGACAAAAACGCAAAACAAAACAGAGUUUCACACCGAUGACAACCAUCAGAAAACCAAAGGCGCAUCAACGAGUAAUCUUGGGAAUCCGAGAGUUCCAAAUGGGCAGGGAUCAUCUACAAUGGGGAGAAAGAUCAAAGAAGACAUCAAAGAUGGAAUCAGUAAGCUGACUUGGGGAAAAAGCAACGGCGAUGAGAAAUCCGUGAAUGUCUAUACUCUCACUGGCGAAAACAGAGGAGCCACAAUGGGAAUAGGUUCUGAGAAAGACAAGAAAGACGGUGAGGUUCAUAUCCGCCGUGGAUACAGAAGUAAUCCAGACGAGAGCCCUAACACUACAGCCACGGAAACCGAAGGAGGAAGGAAACCCUUCAAAGGCAAAAACCCUAAAGACUACGAAGACGACGAAGAAGAAGAAACAAGGGUUAGGGCAUACGUAAACGGCAACACACAAGGGAUCAACAAUUCGAUUAUAGUCGAGAGUUCAGUGAGUGAGAAUGAUCCAGGAGUUCAUAUGAGUUUAAAAUUCGAGAAAACGAAGAAAGAAAUUAUAAAUCCCCCUGAGAGCGUGGCGGAGAAGAAACCAGAGACGGUAAAGGCAACGGAGAAGUUGAGGCAUGAGCCGAGAGUUAGAAGAAGGUGCUUGAGAGGGUUACUCGCGGAGUCAAGUCAGUCGGAACCGGAGAAUCCUUUGAAGCCCCGGAGACAUGGUUGCCGGUUUACCUGUAAAGACAAAGAUAUAGAGAACACUUAAAAAUAAUUUAUAUGAAAUUUAUUGUGUAAACGCUUUAUUUGCUCCUUGUUAACUGGUUUGAAAAGAAAAAAAAACACAAAUUGGAGUAUGAAUACGAAUGUUGUUGUUUUAAUA